GCACUGGGGAGCUUGGCUGGAACAGAAAAUGUCCAGAGCUGGAACCAAGGUCACCUUCUACGAAGACAAGAAUUUCCUAGGCCGUUCUUACGAGUGUGACGGCGACUGCUCUGAUUUUCAUACCUACCUGAGCCGCUGCAACUCCAUCCGGGUGGAUGGAGGCACCUGGGUGGCCUAUGAGAGGCCAAACUUUUCCGGGAACAUGUACGUUCUGACGCGCGGGGAGUACCCUGACUACCACCACUGGAUGGGCCUCAACGACCGCCUUGGCUCCUGCAAAGCCGUCCAGAUAGUAAGUGUGACCUCUUCCCAAGGGACGUGUUAA